AUGGUACUGGACAAAAGUCCAUUCGAGGAUAGCAUGAUUGAGGACAUGUCCUUCGAGGAUGCAGGCUUACAGGCCUCGUCAUUCUUGAAUUCCAGUCGGGCAUCGCCCUUUCCUGCUUCGGAGAUUAUCGAUUUAUCUUCUGAUAGUUGGCUGCAAGAUUUUGUUCCUGCGCAGCCCUCGGAUAUGGAUCCAGACAACAGUCUUCUUCAGACGAUUUGUGUCAACCAGGCGAAGCCAGAAAAUAUCUUCCCUGCUUCUCAGAUGGACAUUCACGACCUAAAUAACACAAUGGGCGUUGUAGAUACUUCUCCACAAUUGCCAAGCCAGUCGCUUUUGAUGGACUGUUAUCCCACCGGCAGUGUCCUUAUUCCGAAUGAUGAGGGACCAGACUUCGUUCAGGCUAUGCCCCGGCUCCAUUCUUCAACAUUUAUGGAGCAUCCCAUGAGCGAAUAUCAGCCGUGGGCACAAACUCUCUCCCCCUCAAUUGAACCUUUACCGAAUAGGCCAUCUGUCGAAAGCGAAACAAUGGAACUUCCGGCACAGAUCAAGACUGAAACACGUAUUCGCGAAUAUAAGCUUCCGUCCAAUGACCACAGAGCCAAACCCCAUGUAUUAAGCGCCGACGGGUCUCGUCAAUACCAGUGUCAGUGUCAUGAGCAAGCAGUUCGAGAGCUUAUGCAGAUGAAUUUGCUUGUCUAUCGCACGGAGUCAACCAUUACCAUCGAUUCGAUUCUCAGCUGCCAGCGUGUGUUACAGCAAUUGGCGGAGACGGUCCUCCGGUGUGGUAUCUGUUCGAAAACGAUGGUCAAUCUUCUUAUGGUCGUUGUCGUAAGCAUCGAUAGUCUGGUGGGAACGCUUGAAAGAAUCACAUUGGUUGAGAACGGGUUGGCAGAAGGGAUGUUUCACGAGCAGCAAAUUGCUGGCAGACCCGAGUACUCCCGAGCUUCCAAAGGCGGACAGUCAAAAGAGGUUGGGAAUCGUUUCAAUUUGCAAGUUGAAGCCUGCCCUUUGCUGGUGGGUGGCUUUUGUGUUCCCUCAGAUGAGAAAUUUUCCUUUGUUCAUCAGGUGUUGCAUGCUAGGUUGUCUGGUUUGUUGGGCACUGUUCGCCGCAUUCAAUUCUGCACCCAGGAGAUGUUGGCCGUCUCAGCAUCACAGGGUAAACUAAUCAUGAUCAUGGAGACGGAUCGGAAGCUGCGGUUGGUCAUGAUGAAAAUGAAAAUGCUCACUGGGUAA